GUCCGUUUCGCCUUAAAUCUCAAGGGGCUCUCUUAUGAAUACAGAGCAGUCGAUCUCAGCAAAAGAGAACAAUUUGAUCCCGAGUUUGAGAAGCUAAAUCCUCUUCGAUAUGUCCCCGUGUUGAUUGAUAGUGGUCAUACAGUGAUUUCAGAUUCCUAUGCAAUUUUAUUGUAUUUGGAGGAGAAGUAUCCAAAAUGUCAGUUAUUGCCUUUGAAUCCUCAACUACGAGCUAUUAAUCUUCAGGUUGCAAGUAUUGUCAGCUCCAGCAUACAGCCUCUUCAUAUGAUCUCAUUGCUAAAUUACAUUGAAGAAAGAUUUGGUCCUGAUGAACGAGAAUCAUGGGCUCAACAUAACAUUGGAAAAGGUUUCUAUGGUCGACACCAUAAUGGACAGCCCUUGAGAAGUUGCUGAGCAGAUUUGCAGGCAAACAUGCUACGGGAGAUCAACUAUAUCUGGCUGAUGUGUUUUUGGCUCCUCAAAUCGCCGUUGCAUCUGAAAGAUUUAAAAUUGAUAUGUUGAAGUUCCCUACUCUAAAUUCAAUAUACCAAGCAAGCAAGGAAUUACCAGAAUUCCACGCCUCCUCUCCACAAAAGCAACCUGAUGCUGUGGCAUUGAUGUGAAACUUGCCACCCCAUUUUGCCCAUUUCACACACACAUUUCUUAUUUCUAACUACUUUGCAGCACUUCUGAUUUCUUAUAUGUUAUUUAUAACUAUAUUCUUCUAGUCAGUAUCCACUAUAUGCACAUACUGUAUUCUGAAUAACUGAAUGAUGGGCUUCAAGAGUAUAAGAAGAGAAAUCUUAAAAUCUGUUGUGUGCCUAUUGUUGCUCUUUUCCUACUAUUUUGUUCCGCUAGGCUAUGUAUGUGGA